GUGACACAGGCAGAUGUUAGUGAAUUAGGAAUGAACAUGGUGUCUCCGGGAACUAAUAGUGGUACACUGGAGAGGGCUGUGCCUGUGUUACGCCUGGAGGAUGAUGCUGACCUCAGAGAAAUAUAUACAUGUGGAAGGAAAUUGGGUCAAGGUAGCUUUGGAGUUGUUUAUGAAGCCAUCCACGUCGAGACACGGACAAAAUGGGCUAUUAAGGAAGUUUGCAAACCAGCGCCUGGAAGUUCGAAAGUGGAGAUGCUGGAGAAUGAAAUAAACAUUCUCAAGCGAGUUAAUCAUGCUCACAUAAUACAUCUCAAGGAAGUCUAUGUCACGGCUAAGAUGACAUACUUGGUUACUGAGUUGUGUGUUGGAGGUGAUCUGAAGCAGCUGUUGAAGCGGAAAAAGUUCUUUACAGAGGAUGAGACGAGGCAUAUCGUCAGCAGCUUAGCUGACGCCGUUGUCUACCUUCACAAAAGAGAUAUAGUGCACCGGGAUUUGAAACUGGGAAACAUUCUUGUGAAAAAUGCUGUCGGUGAAGAUGAAAGUGACAGGAUUAAUAUCAAGGUGACAGACUUUGGAUUAUCAGUGCAGACGGGAGGUGUAGGCAUUGAGAACAUAAUGACGGAAAGCUGUGGGACUCUUAUCUUUAUGGCCCCUGAAAUUAUGAGCGGUCGUGGUUACACACACUGGUGUGACGUUUGGAGCAUAGGAGUUGUCAUGUAUAUGUUGCUGUGUGGGGAGCCUCCAUUCAGGUCCAAGACAAAGACAGAACUAUAUAAGGAAAUUUUGAACAAAGAAGUUGAAUUUACCCAAACCAUGUGGAAAACCGUCAGUGAUGCAGCAAAAAAUCUACUGACCUGCCUUCUGAAGGUGGACCCCGCCUAUCGAAUGUCUGCUAAUCAGCUCCUAGAAAACCCCUGGAUCACAGGUGACACUAAUGUAUCUGCAUUACCGUCCAAUGUGCUGGAGAUGAUUCGUCAUCACAGAGAAAAGCAAGAGAGAACACAAUCUCAGGAGGACAUUUCCCUCUCCUCUGAGGACACACUGGACCCGUCCAUAUCUUCCAGAACAGCUUCAUCUAAAACAAACAGCAACCACAAGAGCCCGGUUAAGCUCAACCCAAAGUCCAGCAGAGAAAGCAGGCUCUGCAGCCAUUCCACAUCCACCAAGCAGACUAAAGACGGUGUUGGCAGCAUCCGACAGGACAAGCACAAAAACGGCUCUAAAACCCCUGGACCACCACAACCAACACCCACACAGUCUCAUGCUGGCGUGAAACCCUGCACACAGCAGCCUAAAACUCUGGACAAGAAGGACGUCAGUGCAGGACAGAAAUCAGCCUCUGACAAAAGGAGCUCUUCUCCCACCAUUAAAAGUAGGACUGCUCUUGUAAACCAGAGACAGAAUACAAAAGAGAAAAGCUGAAUUAGCUGUGGCAUACACUGAAUAGAACUAAUGUAAUUCUGUGAUUUAGCAUUGAUUAGAAUUAAACUACUGUGAAUGGUGCAACCUUUUCUGUGAUGAACAGAGACAAACCAUCAAGAGAAGUGUCAAUUACUUGGGGCUAAUAUGCAGGUGUUAAAAAAAGUAGUCAGAGACCAGUGGAGCAGAGAGUCAGCUGUUUCUUGUGCCAAAGAAAA